CCUCUCUUCUCCCCUCCGCCACCACUCCCUCUCACCACCGCCUCGGACCGCGAUCUCCCCGCCGCCAUGGCUUUCUCCGCGCGGAGGAGCCUCGCCACCAGCCUGUCCCACCACUUCUCCCGCCGCCUCCACCCCUCCAUCUCGCACCUCAUCCCUCCUCACCACGACAACUCCGACCCCGCUCCCUCCCCUUCCUCCUCCCCCGUGCCACCGCCUCGGCCCCAAUCGCAGCAGCCCGCACCACCGUUCCCCUCCGCGCUUCCAUGGGCGUCGAGAUCCCGGGCCGUGGCCCCCUUCCCCCUCCCCUUCGCUCUCCACCUCGCUGCCCACCGCCACUUCUCUGCCUCGCCCCCCGACACGGACGUCUUGACGGACGCCGCCGCCGCCGCGGCCCCCGUGUCGGAGCUGCUCUCGGAUGGGGUGGCGUCCGCUGCCGCGUCCGUCCCCUUGCCGCCGGCGCCGUACCCAGGGGAGGUCGCCGCCGCCGCGGCUGAAUCAUUUCCUCCGGUCGCGGCCCUGCAGCACCUCCUCGACGCCGUGCAAUCCUUCACCGGGCUCAACUGGUGGGCCACUAUUGCGCUGACGACGGUGAUGAUCCGGUUAGUGACUGUCCCGCUGCUCAUCAACCAAAUGAAGUCCACGAUGAAGUUAAAUGAGAUGAGGCCAGAAAUUGAAGCCAUCAAUGAAGAGAUGCGAAAUUCAACUGAUCCAAGAUCAAUGGAAGUGGGGAAACAGAAAUUGGGGGAGCUGUUCCUUAGACAUGGAGUGACUCCAUUGACACCAUUGAAGGGCCUAUUCAUACAGGGACCUAUAUUCAUGAGCUUUUUCUUUGCUAUAUCAAAUAUGGUUGAGAAAGUCCCUUCUAUGAAAGGAGGUGGUAUGUAUUGGUUUACUGAUUUGACGACUCCUGAUAAUUUAUUCAUUCUCCCAGUGUUAACAUCACUGACCUUUCUGGCUACAGUAGAGCUUAAUAUGCAAGAUGGCAUGGAAGGAAAUCCUAUGGCAAAAACAAUGAAAAAGGUCUCUAGAUUUUUUGGAGUUAUGUUUGUUCCAUUUACAAUAGGCUUUCCAAAGGCAAUUUUCUUUUACUGGGUCACAUCAAACCUUUUCUCACUUGUUUACGGUGCUGUUCUCCGGAAUCCGGCUGUAAGACUCUGCUUAAAUCUUCCUCCCUUGGAAUCUCAUCCUACACCUGCACAAGUGCAACCCUUAAACCUGUCGCGCGGACCCGAGGCAAGUCCUGGAGUAGAUUCUCCUAUUUCAGACAAGGAAUGUGAGCAAUCGAGUUCUGUGCUAAGUACUGGAGCCGAUUCUCCUAUAGCAGACAAGGAAUGUGAGCAAUCGAGUUCUGUGCUAAGUGACCGUAUCAGAGAUCUUGAGAUAAGGGCUAAAUCAAGGGGUGGAUCUCAAGAGUAAUUUCGGGAUUUGUGCACAUGGAAGUAAUGAAGCGCACCUCCUUUGGGGUUUUGGUAUCCUUUUUGUUGCGAGCAAAGGAUACCCAAACUGAGGUAUAAUUUUGAAGAGGCGGAAAUUUUUUCAACAUAUAUGGGUCGACCAUGUUUCCGUGAAUAAAUUGGUGUAGUAUCGGCUUGUAAAAUCGUUGCACAGUAUGAUAUAACCUUACUAGCUAACAAUAGCCAUGAUGUUCCUUGGAUUAAGCAUAUUGUUGCUAUUGAGCAGCACACGUUGGUUUUUUCUAGUAUGUGCUUCAUGCUGAAAGCUGAAAUUUUGAGAUAUUUGUAUCUGUAUAUUUGCAAUGUUGUCAAUUUUUUAGAGCAGAAGUUGUGAUGUGACUUUUGGUUUUA